AUGGCGGUCCAUGAUGACUGCAAGUUGCGGUUUUUGGAGUUCAAGACAAAAAAGACUCACAGGUUCAUAGUUUUCAAGAUUGAGGAGAAUCAGAAGCAAGUCAUUGUGGAGAAGCUUGGUGGGUCAGCUCAAGGCUACGAAGAUUUUGCUGCUUGCCUCCUUCCUAAUGAGUGCCGCUAUACUAUAUAUGAUUUCGAGUUCUUGACCGAAGUUUUGUAUAGGAAUAUGAUCCCUAGUAACUUUACUAUGAAUACAUCUAAUGUGAUGGCUAAUUUGGCCACAGAUCUGCUGCGGGGUUCAGCAUGUGUAGUUAAUGCAGCUAGUAAAAGAGACAUGGCUGUAUUUGCACUUGGAAUGAUCAAGGUUAAGUUAAUUCCAAUAUGGCAUUGUAAGCCACUCUCACAAAGUGUAUUCAAGUAUGCAAUCAUAGAAAACUACUUUUUAGCCAACAAGUUCAACUUUGGGUUUUCUGAAAAGCAGUUAAAUAAAGUUGGACACUUGGUUCCUAUGGGCCAACUAGAAGCGGCACUUGACAUGCUCACAAGAUGA